CUACGAGUUAUUUAUUACUGUAACCUUCAACCUCUUUUAGAUGAGUAUUGUGGAGCAAAGUAACAGACAGAUGAUUGCAACAGUAGUGAAUGGUGUUAUCAAGUAGGCUACAGUAGACAUUAAGGGAGCAAGACAUGUCAUGACCUUUAAGACUGUAUCACUUAGUCAAAUUCAAGUUCUCACCUUUGCAUACUUAUCUGACAAAAGGGAAUACCCAUGGCAUACAUCAACAUCAUAACGGACCCGUUAAAAGCCCUUACUCUGACAAAAGGAGGAAGUUGUGCUUGUUACAGAUUUAACACAAUAAGAGAAUAUCUUCAUGAUGAGCAUUGGAAACAUCACGAUGAAAGUUCACAUGAUCCAAAAAUCAGACGAUGGAGAUUUGGAGAGGAGAAUAGAAACAAAGUCAACAAAACUAUUUUGAUGGUGGGUGAAACAGGAUCAGGGAAGACCACUCUCCUCAACACCAUAAUCAAUUACAUGAUAGGAGUGAAGUUUGAAAAUAAAGUGUGGUUCGAGAUUACAGAGGAGGAUAGUGAAAACCAAUUUAUAUCCCAAACAUCGGCUGUCACAGUGUACGAGGUCCAUGUUGAGACGCAGCAAACCUCUUUGACUAUAAUAGACACCCCAGGGUAUGGAGACACACGAGGUGUGGACCAUGACAAAGCCAUUGCUGACCAUUUGUGUGACCUGAUUGAGUCGUAUGAAGGAAUUGAUAGAAUUGAUGCAGUUGGUCUUGUGGUCAAAUCAACUCAGAAUCGAUUGUCGGAUGUCCAGCGUUGCAUCAAUUCAGUUCUGUCCUUAUUUGGCAAAGAUAUAGAAGAUAACAUAGUGAUCCUCAUUACACACUCGGAUGGACUGCCCCCUACAGGUGGUCUUAAUGCCAUCAAAAAUGCAAAGAUAAAAUGUGCCACGGAUGUGGAUGGGGAGCCAAUUCACUUCCUAUUCAACAACCGACAGUGUGAGCCACACAAAGAAAAUCAAGCGAAAUACUACAAACAUUUUUGGAGUUUAGGGGAAGAGAGUACAGAGGGUUUUUUUGAGUUCAUUCAAAAAGUCAAAGGAAAAAGCCUUAAGAUGACGGGAAAUGUGCUAAAGAAGCGAACACAACUUGAGGCAUGCCUACGUGACUUUACUGCAAACAUUAACAAAGUGAGUGAGGAGGAGAAAGAACUGAAGAAGAUCAAUGAUAUUGUGAGAGCAAACAAGGCCAAACUAGACAACAAUGAGCGCUUUACAUUUAAGACUCAGGAGAUGAAGCUGAAGAAGGUUCCAAUAAAGGAUCACUUUGCAUUAUGUGAUGAAGAGGCAAUGUGCUGUGAUGUGUGCAAAAAGAACUGCCAUUUCCCUGGCUGUACAUGGGUAGACAGUCUGUAUUGGUGUACUGUGAUAUCUGGCGGUAUAUGCACAGUUUGUGGAUGCUCCUAUAACAAACACACAAAAGAAAACAAACUAUACAUGCCAGUCACUGAAGAAGACAUGAAAACAAAUGAAGAUUUGAAGAAAGAAUAUCAGGAUGUUCAUGGGAAAAAUGUAGACAUACAAUGCAAAAUUGACAAGGAGCUAACUGAAAAAAGACAACAAAUGCCUCAACUGUUGGAAAACACAUACAAAGCCAUCAUUGAUCUGGAUAAAAUAGCCCUACAUCAGGAAUAUCUGAACACCUAUGUUGAUUUUGAUAUCCUGAUUACGAAGCUGAGUGAAACCAAUCAACAUGACAAGGUCCAGAAACUGAAGGAAAUAAAUGAUAGGGUUCCAGCUAGCAAGGUUUCAAAGGGAUUUGGGGGGAAAGUUUGUCUUUAAAUUAUAAUACAGAUCAGUAUUUCUGAAAUGUUACAUUGAUCAUAAUCAGGACAUUAGAUAAUUAUCAAGGCAUCACCAUUUGUACA